AAAAAAGAUGAAGAUCGAGAACAGCUUGCCCUGCAUCCAGCUCCCUGAGGCCCCUCCUCAGACGGAACUCCAGUUCACCGUAGCAACGGAGGAUGACUUUGAUGACAUCAUGGCCAUGAGUCAGGGCAUCUACGGCGGCCUGGACUACCUGCCCACCCGCUACGGCAGCUGGCUGCAGGAGACCAACCGCACCGUCAUCCUGGCCCGCAAGCAGGGCAAAGUGAUUGCUCUGGAGUCUGUGGUUGUUAUUGACGACGGGGAGACGAUGCUGGUGGAGGGUCUGCGCGUGGCUCCUCAGGAGCGGGGGAAGGGCGUGGCCGGAGUGCUGCUGAGGUACUGCUCUCAGAUGGUCAAGGCCAAAUACCCAGAGGUCAAAGUCAGCCGGCUGACUCGCGACGACCAGCUUGGGCCCAAGGAGUUCCAGAAGUACCGUUUGAUCACCAAGCAGGGAAUCCUUCUAGUUCGCUUUCGAGCAGAGGACCUCAAGUUGCGCUUGGCUGAGCUGGGUCCCAACGUGGGCAUCUCGGUGGCAGAUGGAGCAGCCCCUCCCCGUGCCCCAGUUCGUCUGGACCCCUCUGAGGUAUGCCAACUCUUCCUCAGCCCAGGUCCCAUCCGUGACGUGCUGCCCAAUGCCACCAUUGUUCAGGACUGGCAGCCCUUCAAGCCCUCGCCCAGCAACUUGGCCAUCCUGCUGAAGAAAGACAUCGACUGGAUGGUGGACGACCGCAGCAGCACCAGCGUGGUCAGCCUGUGCACCUUCCCCUUCCGCGUGCCCAUCGGCGAAGACUGGUACUACCUGAACAUCGACAUGUUUGGCAAGGAUCUGUCGCUGGUCACUCAACAGUUCGUGAGUCACCUGAGGCGCCACACGGCCACCCUGAAGGGCAGCGUCAUGUGCCAGCUCUUCUUGGAUCCCCCGCUGUGGAAGCCAGUGUGCGAUUUCUGCCGCAACACACUCGGCGUGGAGCUGGUGAAGGAGUACACAGAGCAGUGCGUGGUGGAGUCGGAUGUUGUGUAAAAGCGAGCAGAUCUCAGCACCACGUGUAGACGCCCCUUUAUCCCAGAAACCCUGAAAAGGAUCCCAGCUAGCA